AUGCGGUGCCUGCAGCUCGCCGCCGCGCUGCUCCUGGCCGUCGCGCUGCCCCUCGCGGCCGCCGCGGGGGCCAAGGCCAAGGCCCCGGCGGCCCCUCCGGCGCCGCCGAACGCCACGGAGGCGAUGGCCAAGGGCGGGUGCAAGGCCUUCGCGGCCCUGAUCGCGGCCUCGCCCGACGCGGCGUCCACCUACGACGCGGCCGCGAGCGGCGGCAUGACGGUGUUCUGCCCCUCCGACGACGCCGUGGCGUCCUUCAUGCCCCGGUACAAGAACCUGACCGCCGACGGCAAGGCGUCGCUGCUGCUGUUCCACGCCGUCCCCGUGUACUACUCGCCGGGGAGCCUCAAGUCCAACAACGGCGUCAUGAACACCCUCGCCACCGACGGCUCCGCCCGGAACUACAACUUCACGCUGCAGAACGAGGGCAACGUCGUCACCAUCAAGACGGGCGCCUCCGGGGGCGUCGCGCGGGUCAAGACCACGCUGCUCGACACGGACCCCGUCGCCGUCUACGCCGUCGACAAGGUGUUCGAGCCCGUCGAGCUGUUCAAGCCCGCGCCGUCCCCGACCCCCGCGCCCGCGCCCGCCCCGGCGGCCGACGCGCCCAAGGCGGGCAAGGGCGGCGCCGCGCGCCACCGCUCGCCCCCCGCCGUCGCGGACGCGCCCGGACCCGAGGCUGAAGACACCGCCCCGGCGGACCAGAAGAAGGACUCCAAGAAGAGCGCGGCCGCCGGCGCGCCGCGCGUCCGGUGGCUCGCCGCGGCGCUGGCGGCCGUCGCCGUGGCCUCCACGCUGGCUUAG